GGCGGCCCGGCGUCGGGGCUCGCUCCGCGUCCUGGGGGAGGGUGGGGUCGCCGCCCGGGAGCCGGGCCUCCUUCCUGGCAGCACGACUCGGCGACAGGGAGGAGGUGUCUCCUUGGGAAGUCGUGGGCCUCUCCGUGGGCCUCUCCGUCCCCUCGUUCGGUGCCGCCCCUUUGUCCGGGGCCGCCUCUCUCACCCGCGUAGCCGCUCGCUCUGACAGAGCUGGUAGAGGUUGCCGAACUUUGUCACCCCCGCGCCGCGUCAGCAGGCUACCCUGGCCGUAGCAGAGGGGAUCCCAGCCAGGCUCGAAGGACUCCUCACGACCUCUUCCACCCGGAUUUGAAUCAGAGCACCGGUCCAGCCCCCGCUGUGUUCCCAGGGAAGAAAGGAGCUCGAGAGAGGAGGACAAGGUUUUGCCCAAGGUUGCUCGCUCAUUCAUUCACUCACUCACUCAGCAAAUCCUUAUGGAGCACCUACCCCUAGAUGCGGGGUCCUGUGGUUACAGUUGUGGACAAAACGGUGGUAGGGAAGAAAUGGAAGAACCCUGAGGGUUAGAAGCCGAGCCUGAGAAUCUGGAGGGGGUGAAAACACAAAACAGAUUGUGAGGCUAGGAGUUCCAAGAAAUAGGGAAUUGUUCAAAACCAGGAAACAAGAAAACAUUCUCCUCUUAUCCUUCCUUGAAAGGCUUCGUUUUUCUCUCUAAAGAUACUCGACUCAGCAAAGUUCCCUUCUCCUCCCUGUGCUGCGAACGCUUGCUGGAAAAAGCUGGAUGGCCGUUGGAAUGCAUUUUGCAGUUAGAGAAGAAUAUGGGGACUUUUAGACAUCAAGCAGAACAAGCGAAAGGGAGCAACGGUGGUUUGGUACAAUGAGGGUUACUUUCAGACACGGAUUUGGCUCUCACCUGCCACACAACCUUUGGCAAGUCAUUCAACCUCUGGGAGCUUCAUUUCCUCAUCUUCAGGAUGGAACUUAUCAUCCUUACUGCUCACAGUUCUGCGGGACUGUGAAGGGAAAGGAAGUUGCCCAGGUACGUGACUCUGCCCUGAGUGUCCACUUGGAGUUGAGCUCUCAGAGACCUCAAUCAUUUCCAUCUGUUUACAGUGACUGAACAUCCCAUUAGGAACUUCCUCACCAAACCCAAGCAAGAGAUCAGGCGAGAUUUGUCCUGGGCAGAUCUUUGGAGUGAGGCUGUCUGUGCUGGCCAGUUGUGCAGCCUGGAAGCCCAAAAUUAAGGUGACCACCUGGUUCAGUUUCUGAUGGUGAAACUGUGACUGAGGAGAUGUUGAUUCCAGAGUAUCAUUCCUGAAAAGUCAUAAUCUCACACUUUCAAGAGACCCCCACGGAGGUGUUGCCAGGGAAGUCAAAAUUUAGAAGCCUCCUCUGAAAGGAAAGAGAAGACUCAAGAGAUCGAUGUGAUGCUUCAGGCAAGGGAAAAUGAGAAGAAAGACCAGAAACUUCAGACAUAAGACAGUUAAAGAUAAUAAAACACUUAAAGAAGUUAGUGAGCAAGAAUCUGAAAAAGAUAGAAGUCAAUGCUUGGAUACUGCAAUGAACAUGAAAAUUCAUGCUGAAAAGAGACAGUAUGUAUGUACUGAGUGUGGGAAAGCCUUUAGUCAGAGUGCAAAUCUUACAGUACAUGAGAGGAUCCACACAGGAGAGAAACCCUAUAAGUGUAAAGAGUGUGGGAAAGCCUUCAGUCAUAGCUCCAACCUUGUUGUUCAUCGGAGAAUCCACACUGGACUAAAGCCUUACACGUGCAGUGACUGUGGGAAAUCUUUCAGUGGUAAGUCACACCUCAUACGGCACCAGGGAAUCCAUAGUGGGGAGAAAACUUAUGAAUGUAAGGAGUGUGGGAAAGCCUUUAGUCGGAGUUCAGGUCUUAUUUCACAUCACAGAGUUCACACUGGGGAGAAGCCCUACACUUGCAUUGAGUGUGGGAAAGCCUUUAGCCGUAGUUCAAACCUUACUCAACAUCAGAGAAUGCACAAAGGAAAAAAAGUUUACAAGUGUAAGGAAUGUGGGAAAAUAUGUGUUUCUAAUACAAAGAUUAUGGACCAUCAAAGAAUUCACACAGGAGAGAAGCCUUACGAGUGUGAUGAGUGUGGAAAAGCUUUCAUUUUAAGGAAGACCCUUACUGAACAUCAGAGACUUCACCGUAGAGAGAAACCUUACAAAUGUAAUGAAUGUGGGAAAGCUUUUACAUCGAAUCGAAACCUUAUUGAUCAUCAGCGAGUUCACACUGGCGAGAAACCCUAUGAAUGUAAUGAAUGUGGAAAAACCUUCAGACAGACUUCUCAAGUUAUUCUGCAUUUGAGAACCCACACUAAGGAGAAACCCUAUAAAUGUUGUGAGUGUGGGAAAGCCUACCGUUACAGCUCACAGCUUAUUCAACACCAGAGAAAACAUAACGAGGAGAAGGAAACCUCAUAAAUAACACGUAUUUUGGGUAGUAGGCAUAACUGUUCCUUUUUGGAAAAGCAGGUGUUCAUUAUUAUCAACCUUAAUUCAAUUGCUGAGACUCCAUACAGAGGAAGUUACCAGAGGUAGACAAAGAUUAAGAGGGAUAUUCAUGCCACCGUCAUAUAUAACUGAAGGAAGAGAAUUAGAUUUUCAGUAAUACAGGGUUUAGAUGAAUAAUGGUCUAUCCACAUGAUGGUUCUGCAGCAAUUAUGAACAUUUUUAAAGAAUGUUUAAUGCCAUGGGGGAAAUUAUUUGUAUAAAAUGGAAGAUAAAGGAAAAACAAGUUUGAUCCCCCCCAAAAAAUUUACGUAUAGAAGAAAAAUAAGACUUAAAUUAAUACCAAACCAAAUGUUAACAGUGAUUAUUAUUGGGUAAUAGGACUAUAGGCGACUUCUAUUUUCUUCUGUAUACUUUUCUAUGCUUUUUAAAGACUUUUGCACAACGAGAAUGUACUACUUUUAUAUUCAGGAAAGUACAGUAUUUUUUAAAUGCAAUGAGUACAUGCUCAUUUUCACUCAGCAGUGUUAGGAAGGUGCGUAGAACAUAGACCCUAAACUCAUGGGACUCCACCCUAAUACUGGCACUCAGUAGCAGUGGAGCCAUGAGGAAGUCAUUUCCUUUUAGAGCCUAUUUCCUGUUUGUUAAGUCAUAAACACUAGUUAUCGGUCUUUUGCAGUUUUAAAAUAAGCUGACUUUACAGGUUGUCAACAUGAUGUAUAAUCCACUUACGUAAUCACUGUUAGGUUACAAGAACAGCAAAAAGUCACUACAUUCUCGCCCAUAGUUGAAGAAGGAUCUGCAGAAAAUAGAGACUUCAUUUGUUCAACAUAUAUCUACAAAACCAGAAAAAAAUAUUCUCUUAUGAAAUCGAAACCAUUGCAGGUUCAUAACCUGUAAAGAUGUAGUCAGCAUAAUCUAAAACUAGGGAAAGACACUGCCUUCUCAUUUAUGUACAAUUUAGUAGCCAAAAGUGUGGAUUUUGGGAUCAGAGAUGAGUUCGGAUCCCAUAUUUGCCACAUACUAGCUUGUCAGUUUUGAACAAAUUGUUUAACUGCUCUGAGCCUUCAACUUAUCUGUAAAAAGGAAGUAACUGCCUAUCUCCAGGGUUGUGAAGAUUUAAUGAGAUAAUGCACGUACUGUGUGACAAGGCUAGCACAUAGUAAAUGAAAAUAGCUUAAGUAUGGGACAUUGGAGCAGUGUUUCUAAACACGUAGAGUGAUUCAGAAAACCUUUAUCUAGCAGCACUUAGGACAUUUUCAGGUAUAAUGAACACAGUGUCAAGUACUAGUAGCUAAAACCUUAAGAACAUUGAUUAUUAUGGGGAAGGCUGGAGGUAAGCAGUUCCAAAUUUAGUUUGGCAACUGAGCAGUUCACAAAACCUAAGUUUUAACCCCAUAAUUUUCAGUACAUUGGCUUUCAUUUUUGGAGCCUCCUGGUAGUAACGUGUAAGCUCUUCUCUUCACACAACUCUUUCAAAGUCAGGAAGUGAGGAAAGGAACUGAGGCUUUCGGAUCUGUUUGCUUUCUCCCUCUUAUCGUUGAGAAAAACCUUUCUCAAAAGAAGGGAGAGAUGCUACGCAGUGAGUACUAUAGGAGCUCACUACCUUCCUCUUGUCUGUCUUUAUGUCUGGUCCUUUGAGAAGGCCUUAACCCAUUUUCAACCAGCAUUUUAAACCUUUAAGACCUUAGCUCAAAAAUCCAUGUGGGAAUACUUAGGAUCUGAAUCCCUAAGCCUAAUGCCACUUGUCUUAUGCAUGUAGUGAAAUAUUGUUAUCCCGUAACAUUUGUACAAGAAAAUUGCAUCUCAUUGAGGUUAGGUGACUGGCUAGUUAGUGAUUGGAAUGAGGAUUUGAACUCAGAUCUGAGUGUUAAGUCCAUGGUUUCUUCAUUAUACCAAAGUGCCUCUGCCCGCCAUGCUGGUUCGGUACGUGAGUGGGAGACCAGUUGGGAUUCUCCCGAAUAGCCACCUCUAUGAAAGGUAAUUGUAUCUGGAUACUUACUUGAUCAUGGUUUCAUAAGGAAGGUGCUAUCUGACUCCUCUGAGUUUGACUUAUGGUUUAUCUCUGCACCUUGUAAUUUAGUUUAAGGAUUAUAUAUUUCUGCCUUGCUGUUACUGUAGAGAAAGAAGCAAAAGGUUGUGAAGGGUCUAGUUGUGUGAAAAUGGAUUGUUUGGUUUUGUCCUAUUUUGAUAUGAGGGUGGCUUACGUGCAAUUGUGUGAUGAAAUUGUCCCUUUUUGCAUAGUUAUUCAAAACAAAGUUUGGAGGCUCUGGAAUGGAUUUGCUGCAUUCCAGGGCUAGAAAUGUUGGGUAGGCACUUCCCUGAGAGUCUGGGUGGACGCGAGUAGAGUAACCUACAUGGGGCAGUGGGUUACGCUACGAUAGCAGUAAAGGUCCUUCCAUCAUUUCCCCUUGUCACGUGUCCUUUUAAAAUUAAAGGAGAUGUUUGUGAUUAGUAUUCCAUGCCUUCUGUCAUGUCACCAUCCUCACCUGCUGAUUACCUAUGUGGGAACUCCCCAUGACUAGUGGCUGCUGGCUGUCACAACUAAGAAAACAGGCCAUUGGCUUCGUGUGUGCCUGUCAGAGGUUAUGUUCUGAGCAUUUGUCAUUACUGAGCAGAGUUGUUGAUGGCUUCUUUGUUACUGCGCAGGUACUUUCUGACCGAAACAUUUUCCUGUUACUGUGUCAUAGGGCCCGAGAUUCUUUUGUCUGAUAGGCUUUCUUUUUCAUCUUAAAUGAUUUUGUGAUCUUCAAGAGUGAAUACCUUCUGGAAGGAUACUGUGUCACCUCAAACCUAGCGAUCUGAACACAGAUCUUCACGUUUCUCAUCCCAGGCAAGCUAUGGUAAUAGACCCUCACCCAUUUUCUAGGCUGAUUCUUGUCUUAGGCUGUUGAUAAGUGGUCCCCAUACCCUUCCAGAUAAAUAUUCUGCAAUAUAAGUUGAACUGAUCAUCUACCUUCCUCCAGGGACUUUUUCAAGACUGCCAGCUGUUUACUUCAGUCAGAGUUUAAUUAUGAAGUUCUUACCACACUCUCAGACCUUUUCAUGGUACAUCCUAGAUUCAGGGUCUCUUUGUGUUUUUUCCAGCUUCUGGUGCUAUGGUUGUUGCUUAAUAGCAAUGCUUCCUCUGCGGCCCCUCAAUGGUUAGUUUUUGUCUCCCUCAACCCAUUUGCCUGUUGUUACAGCCAUUUCUUCUGAUUUUCCAUUAAAAAAAAAAAAACCCAGCUCUUUUUUGAAAUCUACAUCACUAAGCUACUGUGUAUUACCCAUCCCUGUUUUUAUUAUCUGCUGGCUUUCUGUGUGCUCACACUUACUCAUGCAUGUUUUUAGUAUCCAGAAUAUUUCUGAGGAAUAUGUAGAGGUCAUAUUUAUAGCCACAGACAUCCUGGCUGUGUAGAAUUGCUCUUGUGUGGAAUAGAAAUAUAUAUGUCUCCUUUUAGUUGAGAAACUAUGGAAAUAAAAUUUCAUUUUAUAUAGCCUUGAUUAAAGGGAAAUGUGAAAGAUAAAGAAUUCUGCAUAGAGAGGAGAAAAUUCCCUAGGCUUAGAGAGAUUUUUUAUUGAUGGUGUAUACUAUAUUAGGUCUUACUUGGAACCAAGAAGAAAAAACCCAAAAGGACUUUAAAUAGCUAAAUAAUUUUGUUGCAUUUAAAUCCCAUAACACCAAAUUUCAUGUUUGCUCUGUAUUCUCAGUGAUAGACUUCCUUUUCUUAUUUUUGUACUAACUAUAAACAAUUCAGUUUAAUGUAAAUAGUAUGCUCAUAUUGUUCGAUUGUUUUUAGAAACUAGACUGUCUUUAGUCACCUAUGAUGUUAGAAAACUGUUUUUGCAGGACAUAGUUAUAAAGUCUCCAAUAAAUCUGUUAUUUACUUGUUAGAAAUA